UAAGGAAUCAAAGUUUAUUCCCAGCGAAGAAACAGAAAAAUAAUUUAAAAAUCAUUCCUGCAAAUAAGCGAAGAAGAAGGAAUGAACAGCGAUUGGCGAAAGCGACGGACUACGGAGGCGGGUUAAAUAAUGAGCGAAGAAACAUAGAAGAAUUUGGAAGUUUUAGAAGCGUCUGAAUGGCCUCUAGCAUCCAGCUCAAUUCAAUUUCUGAAAUUCCUCGCGAUCUUCUCUUUGGACGCCGACAAUUUCACGAAUAUCCUCAAGCAUAUCUUCCUACAAUUUCACGAAUUAUUAUGUUAAUCGCCUCCAGUACCAGUAUGAGAACGAAAGCCCCAAGUUAUCAACAAUUUUUGAUGCUUCUGAUCAUUGGGCAGAAAUCCCCGUCAUACUACAGAUCUGUCCUUCACUACGGCAGCAGUUUUGAUCUCAAAUCCCUCUCUCUUUCUCACGGAUAUAAGGAACGAACCAGGGGUUUCCAUUGCAACCUAGUUCUCCUUCUUAUCGAUUUUCUCGAAUCGCGUAUAUGGAGAUCUCUCCUACUUCGUCUCGUAUUAUCAUUGCUUAUGAUGCUACCAAGGAUCGCACUGAACAUGAGCUUCAGAUGACGCUUAGGAACUUGUGGAUGCGAGGCGACAUUCUUCGCGGAGGCGAUACGCUCAUUGUGCUUGGAAUCCUUCAUAGAGUGCCUCAUCCGAUGGGAUACCAAUUGAUAGCCUGCUCUGAAUCGUUCGCUGGAACCAGCCUUCGAGCAAUGGAGGAUGAGGUUUCCAAGAAAGCUGAUGCGUACAUCGCCAUGCUUCAGCAAAGUGCAGACAUGUGUGAAGAAGGAGGGGUCAGUAUUGAAGUUAGAAUUACAGCUGGUUUCCCCAUUAAGAAUGUUAUUCUCCAAGAAAUUAUGGUCUUCAGCGCGAGCUGGGUUAUACUUGACAGGCAUCUUCGACGGGAUGAGAGCUUUUACCUUAGACAUUUAUCUUGCAAGGUUGCUGUAAUCCAAGAUAACUUGUCUGUGAGAGUUUUGAGAAAUAAGGCUACAACUGGGGCAGAUAAAUUAGAACAUAAAUUACGGGAUAGUGAGCAGACUGUUAUCUCCAUCAAAAGCUUCUCAUUCCAAAGUAGUUCUCUGGAUAGCUCAUCUGCACAGAGCAACUGGACCAGUUCAUCUAGUAGCAUGUCUAGGGAGCAUGCAUCGGAUCCUGAGUCAUCUUCUCGGCAAGAAAAAAUAGGUACAGAUUCCAGAGAACAGAAUAUUUAUGCAACUGCUUCUCAGAUUGUUAUACUUCCAACUAAGGACGUCUUUCAACAGAAAUCUUUAGAAGCACCAAUUCUAUGUUCUGUUUGUGGAACGAGGUCGGAGUUAUAUUUGAAGGAUACAAUGAGAUUUAGUUAUUCUGACAUACAGCUAGCAACUGCCGAUUUCUCAGCAGGAAACUUGUUAGGAGAGGGUGGUUAUGGUCAUGUUUUUAAGGGUGAACUAAAAAAUGGACAACUCAUUGCUGCAAAAGUGCGAAAAGAAGAAAGUACACAAGGAUUUGUAGAGUUUCAUUCUGAGAUACAAGUUUUGAGUUUUGCUCGUCACAAGAACAUAGUGAUGCUGUUGGGGUUUAGUUGCAAGGAAAACAUAAACGUUCUGGUGUACGAAUAUAUUUGCAACAGGUCUCUUGAUUUUCACUUAUUUGGUAAGAAAACAACUGUUCUUGAACUACAUCAAAGAUAUGGCAUUGCCGUUGGGAUUGCCAAGGGACUGCGUUUUCUGCAUGAAGAAUGUCGUGGAGGUCCUGUAAUACAUAGAGAUGUCCGUCCGAGCAACAUAUUGCUCACACAUGAUUAUGUUCCUAUGUUAGGUGAUUUUGGUUUGGCCAAAUGGAAGACAAAAGAUGAUACUUCGCAUUCAAGCAUACUCGGCACAUUUGGAUAUGUUGCACCGGAAUAUGCAGAAAAUGGUAUUCUUUCAGUAAGAACGGAUGUAUAUGCAUUUGGAAUUGUGUUGCUACAAUUAAUAUCUGGACGCAAGGUGUUCGACGCGAUGGAUGAUAUACAAGGACGAUCUCUGCGAGAGUGGGCUGAACCAUUAAUUGAAAACUUAGCAUUACAUGAACUGAUUGAUUCUCGAGUUGCAAAUACAUAUGACACGUAUGAAUUAUACCUCAUGGCCCGAACUGCAUACUUAUGCGUGCGGAUAAACCCCGAGAAUCGUCCAUCAAUGGGAGAGGUUGUGCGCCUUCUUGAAGGAGAAAAUGAUCAUUUUCACUAUCUGGGGGAGAAGCUAAUACCUCGUUAUAACAGAUAAAUGAACAACUACUGGUUUUUUGUUUUUAGCAUUUCACUUCUCACAUGCUUUUUCUUGUAUUAUAACUAGUUUUGUUGCUUUAGAAGGAAGAUUGUAGCUGGGAAAACAUGCGUUUUUAUACAGUUGCAGUCUUUAUGGUUUUUCAUUCCUUUCUAUCCAUUAAUUUCAGAGGACUUUACA